UUGAAUCCAGACCGUACUAACCCCUUUUUAUGCUAGACAGAGACAGAGUAAUGCUGUUUGGAAGAAGAAGAUUCCCACCACGAGAAGUUCUAGAGAUGCCGGCGACAGAACCAAACCGUACCAGCCGGAGAAAUCACGGAUCGAGUCUAAGGACCCGGCUAGCUUGCACGUGUUCAGGCCGGCCUGGCUCGGCUCGGUGCGUUCGGCACGGUUAUAUUGUUCCAAGCAGAGAGAAGCUGAUGAGGAGAGCAAGUGAUGGAAACAGAGAGAUUUUGAAGAGAGCCUUGACGCCAUCUAGUCACCAUCGGAUGAGUCACCGGCGGUGGACUUUCCGGCCAACUCCAAGCCGACUCUGUAAUAUGUCUUCUGCUUGAUUUAUCGUUAUCUUCUUUUCUUGGAAAAUCAUUCUUGGUUUUGCUCAAAGGUACCAUACAAAACCUUUUCUUACUUCAUGUUAUGUAAGUAUAAUUUUUGGAUGGUUUGAUGUAUCGGGAAGACUUUUUUUUUUCCAGAUCCAUUUAGAUAACAAUGUGAUCUGCUUAAUGAAGUUAUGAUAUUUAAGGAUUUAAUAAAAAAUGUUUAUGUAGUUCAGGCUAUGGUUUUUUUUUCUUAU